AUGAGCCUUGAAAACUUAAGAAAUCUUGACACCCCUCAAGAUAUCUCAGAAGGAAAGUUAUUCGAUGAUUUUGAGGCUCCGGAUAUGCGCCACUCGUCACGUGUCAAGCCUGCUAUAGUAGUCCGGGAGGAAAGUACGGAUACCACGUGUACACUGGUGGAGGAGAUAAGUGAGGUCAGAGAGGAGGAACAAUUUGGGACUCCCAUCGAGAAUAAACUGUUGAACAGUAACCUGUUAGGAUCAGAUGUUUACAGUUCAAACCCCAGUCUUAUUUCUGAUGUCAGCUCAGAAUGCAGCGAUCUAGAGGAGAUAUAUCUAGAGCCGGAGAAUCCCCAUAAUAAAACGGAUAUAGCGUUUGCAGAGGACACUGAUGUUCCUUUUGAGAUGAGACAUGUGGUACUGCCAACUUUCGAGAUUGAUUUGAACGACGCAGAGGACACUAGUUCGGAGCCUGGGGUCAGCUCUUCCAAUCAUAAUGUGUCUAAUAAUAAUGCCUUUAACCAUGGUGCUUCUAACCAUGGUGCUUCUAACCAUGGUGCUUCAAACCACGGUGCUUCUAACCAUGGUGCUUCAAACCACGGUGCUUCAAACCACAGAUCUUCAAAUCAGCGUCGUAACUCUGAAAUGAGGGAGAAGCUAGCUCCAACUCAACCAAAACCAGUCAGUAACCUCACCUUACGUCACACGGGUAUGACAAAGAGUCACUCCUCACCUUCUCUCGUGGAAAUAGGAUGUUUUGGGUUCAGAGGAGAGGAUUACUACAAGAACUGCGCGCACAUUGUGGCAGAAGCACGCCAGCGUGAGAAGCUCCGCGACUUUAGAGGUGCUAAUGAAAUGUUAAAAGCAGCUGUUGAGAUACUGAUAGCUGGUGUUCAACAUGACCCUGAUCCUAUGAGACGUGAAGGAGUUCGACGUAGAACAGCUGAAUAUCUCCAGAUAGCUGACAACUUUGCAACCAAACAUCGAAGCCAACAACAACACAAUAAACCCAUCAUAAUGUCAAGAGAACAAGUUCGAGCUUUCAGGGUCCUCUCCGUUAAGGACAGAGUCCUCAUCGUUCAAUCACCUAAAAGCGGGAACGUGCACGUGCUGAAGACGAUGCGCAAGCCGCUGAGUGGCAGCAUAUCCGGACAGUCUCUAGUUGUCAGAUCUCCCUUCCUGGUACCUCUUGUGAAGUACUGUGUGGAGGAGGACGUGGUGUUUAUAUUGCUGAAGAGAGUACAGGGACAGGUGCUGCCGGAGUAUGUGAGCAGGUUUAAACACUCGACCCCAUUGCCAGCAACACUGAACGAGGCAGGAGGUAAAGAAACGGACACACCCACUCCUACUCUCAACCAGACUGUUAUUCAAGGUCUAGUCCCAAGAAACCUGGUCAGAAAGUGGGCCGCACAAAUGGUAGUCUGUCUCAGUUCCCUCCACAAACAGGGUCUAGUUUACGCUGACCUCAACCCUCGCAACAUCAUGAUAGACGACUUCUCUAACGUGUGCAUCACUUACAUUACACAGUUACCUGGAUUGCACCACAGAGUCUCAACUGAAGCUGUUUCGGAGAUGUUUGUAGCACCCGAAGUUCUUACCGGAUUACACGCCGUCACUCCAGCUGCUGACUGGUGGAGUUUGGGAGCUCUUUUAUUCUAUCUCAUGUCAGGACAAACCUUAUCGCAUUAUUACCCCUAUCAGGCAAUCAGAACAACCAAUAUAAAGAUAACGAAUGAAGAUCAUUCUGGAGGAAGUUCUCUGGUUGCAGGUCUGUUGAAGUACAACCCAGCUGAACGAUUAGGGGCAGGGGUCAUGGGAUCCGAGGAGAUCAGAUCUCAUAUCUACUUUUCCUCCGUCAAAUGGGAGACUCUUGAAAAACAGCAGGCUCUGCUUGGUGGCCAGUCUCAGACAAUAGUGAGGGGGCUGGAGUGAAAAUGGUAGAGUUUAUCCUCGUAGCAGGAUGGGUCAUCAUAUGUCUGGCCACCUCGAUGGCGAGUAGUCUACCAGGGAAUUGGACCAGCUGCAGCUAUAACCGGAAAUCGGGGGGUUGUCCGGUAUCAAAGCAAGAAACUUGGACAAACUAACUUUAAACGACUCAAAAGUAGCUUCAGCUUAAUACUGUCAGGCACUUUGUUCCAUAGUUUUGGUCCUCUUACACCUCUUCUUUUACUACUCAACGGACUUAUUUUGUGUUUUAGUCACAUUCAGAGUUAAUAUUAUAUCGAUGUGGCUCCAGAAGAGAAUCUUGGACGAGCGAAAUAACAAGAUCAGUUAAAUUUAAAUUGUUAUUUGGACAUUUUGAUCGCAAAGGAAUAUUAUAUAUCAAUUUUUCUAGGAAUACCACAAUCAACUAGCAAGGAGUAAGUCCCCAGCGAUAGGAAACUUAUAUUAAUAUUAUUUAAUAUGAAUUGAAUAUUGUUAUAUCUAGUUAGUAUCUAAUUAGUUGUUGCAUUAUAGCGGUUUUUCCUGUAGCAACUUCUUGCAGAAAUGGUUGAUUUGAUAUGUUAUUGGCACGUGUCCACUGUCCAUGUAAUUUGUGAACCACGAUGUGGUAUUUGAUAUGAAAAUUGGUCAGAAUUUAAGAAUUUUGUCCCGAAAGAAAAUAUAAUUUGUAGAGUGGUUAAUUUCGUGAAGAUUUUCAGAGCACAGUUUCUGUGUUUUUCAAUACUACAAUUGUUGUGAAAUGUGAAUGUUUGCUGUUUGGUAUGCAUGGCGAUUCCUCAAAAAUUAUAUUUUUAUGCAUGUAUGAUUAUUUCAUAACAUGAUUUCGAUCUAAAUUCCUACCAAGGACUGGUUUUCAUCGUAAUUUAGUAAAUUAAGGUAGAAAUUUUAUAGAUAUUCCAAUUCGUUUUAUGAUGAUUUUUUAAAUUUCUAGACAGACUAAAUUUGAACGUAGUUAAUUCAAUUUUCUGUACAG